AUGUUAUUUACAAGGAUAUCGAUAUGCCUAUGUUUAUCCUCCCUUGCAUUGGGUGCUCUUAGCUCCAAACGCUCCACCGAACGCCCACAUCGCUGCGUGAUCCCUUCCUCCAAUGGCACAGCCAAUGAUUCCCCAGCCGUCGCUCAAGCAUUUGCCAAAUGCGCUUCAGAUUCUGUUAUCGUCUUUCAAGAUGGUGUCGAUUACAACAUCUUCACUCCCAUUGCUGCCACAAACCUCAGCAAUGUCGAGAUUAAGAUGAGCGGAAACCUACACCUGCCUCAAAAUAUUACAGAGGUCCAACGCAUCGUCAAUGGAACAAGCAGUAGCCUUUACGUAGAUGGCUCAUACUGGUUCAAGCUCAAGGGUCCCAAUAUCGAUUACACCGGCUCGGCCAAUGUGAACCAUGGAUGGAUCAACUCCUACGGACAGGCCUGGUGGGAUGCAAACCCAGUCAACGGAACGGGCAUCGACUCUCGUCCCCAUCUCAUGAGCUUCCAGACUACGGAUGGUUCUCUCAAGUACUUCAAAUCUCGCAAGCCAAUUGCCUGGAACGUUCAGUUGCAGGGAGACAAUAUCACCGUCAGCCAUGCCUUUAUCGACGCCGAGUCGACAGGGUCAUUCCCCUUCAACACCGAUGGAUUCGAUGUCACAGCCACCAAUGUCCACAUCUCAGACAGUGUCAUCUACAACGGAGACGACGCCAUUGCUGUCCAGUCCGGAUCCCACAACGUGGUCUUCGAAAGAAAUACCAUUGGAUACCAAAGCCACGGCAUGAGCAUCGGAUCGCUAGGCCAAACCCAGUCCGAAUUCGCCAACGUCUCCAAUAUUCACUUUGAAGAUGUCACAGUCAUUGAUGCUGUCUAUGGAUCUCGUUUUAAGUCCUGGAUGGGUGGCCAGGGCAUCGCAAAGAACAUUACCUGGAAGAACAUCCGCGUGUACAAUGUCACUUUCCCAAUUUUCGUCACCCAGAGCUAUACCAACCAGGGCUCUUCGCAGACGCAGCUUGGAAACGGUGUGACUUCUGGACGUGUGAACAAUGCCUCCGUCAUGAUGGAAGACUUCGUUUGGUCUGACUUUACUGGCACCGUUAACUCAUGGCGCCCAGGUGAUGGAUCUUGUGUGACUGAUCCUUGCUGGUAUGAUGUUGGCCUGCCGGAUUUCAAGCACACUGAAGCUGUUAUUAUCGAGUGCAAUACGAACUCGUCGUGCAAGAACUUUGAGUUGAAGAAUAUUGAGAUUAUUCCGCAGACUAUGGCUGAGCCGACAGUUGUCUGUAUCAAUGCGACGGCGACAUUGAAUCCGGACCUUGGAUUUGACUGUCGGAAUGGUACAUUCAGUCCCAACUGA